CCGGGAAUACGCAACACGAAUUUCCGCGCGGAUCAGGAACAGGUUUGCAAUCGCCAUACGUUUAGGUGCCCGCUAUUAGAGUCCCGCCGUUGCUACUCUCCGACACAACCACUCCUACCCGCGGUCGUACUGCACUCCAAGAUCUAAAACCGGGAAUACAAGCGCGAGCCUUAAGAAUGGGCGAUAAACGGAAACGAAACCAGGACGCGGGCGACGAAGAUACCGUCGAAGUUGCCGAGGUCAAGAAGUUAAAGAAGAGCGCCGGCGAUAAGGAGAAGAAAGAGAAGAAAUCAAACAAGAAAGAGAAAAAGCGUGCGAAAGAUGAGCAUGUUGACAUAAAUGGAGCCGAGAGCGCGGAAGUGAACAUUGAGAAAUCAGAAAAGAAGAAGAAGGAGAAGAAAGCGAAGAAGCAAGAGAAGACGGAGAACGAAAGCACAGAGAACAGUGCCCAAGUCGCCGCUGCCGCCGAUAUAAAUGGUGAAAAAGAGGAUAAGAAGGAGAGGAAAGAAAAGAAGCAGAAGAAGGAGAAGAAGGAGAAGAAAGAAGGAAAAGGAAAGAAAGAUAAAAAGGACAAGAAGGAAAAGAAAGAAAAGAAGGCCAAGGCAGAAGAUGAAGCCGCGAAGAUGGAACUAGAUGAGCCGGAUAAAAUGCCUGAGGACGCCACUGCUCCAAACAACGAGGCCGAGGAGCCCGCUAUGGAGGAUGCGAAGGAACAGGAAGAUGAUUAUAUCCAUCCCGACCGGAAGGAAGGCAGGUUUAUUGUCUUCAUAAGUAAUCUCCCCUACAGCGCCGACUACGACUCCGUUUCCAAACACUUUGCAAAGCUCCAGCCCAUUCAGAUCCGCGUGCCGCUAGAACGAGGCGGGAAAAAAGGGAGAGGUUUCGCAUUUGUAGAGUUCAGCAAUUAUGAUCGCAUGAAGACUUGCUUGAAAUUAUAUCAUCAUACCAUGUUCGACGACGGAAAAUCGCCCUCGAGAAAGAUAGGUGUGGAGUUAACGUAUGUUUGGGCUAUCCUACAUGCCUUAUUUCCAUUUGGAAUUUCACUCUAGAUUUGCUAAUAGUGGACACAUAAUAGUGCCGGCGGCGGGGGGUCCAAAUCCGAAACGCGCAAAGCUAGAAUUAUAGAGAAGAACAAGAAACUGAACGAGGAGCGUGCACGUGCGGCAAAAGAAGCGGCGAAGCGCAAGAGAAUUGACGAAAAGAAGCAAGAAGGUCAGGAAGCCGGCGGCGACGACGCCCAGGAGACCAAUGAAUUGGCAGACAUCCACCCGAGUCGGAGACGCAGGUUUCAGUGACACUCUUGUUUUCUAUCUUUGUUGGCUUGGGCGCAAGGCGUGUUUGCGAUAGCUACUUUCCAACAUCAAAAGCAUUUGAGAUGAUUUAGAUAUCCCGGUUUAGGGACUAGACGCAAUUGGAAUUAAGUCAAUUGGGACUCCA